UGCCAGGUUGGUACAUGUGUGUCUAUAUGCUUCAUGGUGAUCAGACCUUGGAAUUCCAGAAUUACAGACCCGCAGCGAAAGCUGCUGGCGCUGUCGAAAAGAGUCGGCUGCCAAUCAAGAUUCAUUCUCUGAACCAGGAAGAGACAGUACAGUAUCCUGCUGGCGAAAGGCAAUGCACUCAGUGACAUUACCCAGACCCCAUCAGCAAAAGAAUUACCACACGUAAUCAAGUGUGAGAAGAAACAACAUACCGCCAGCAAUGGAUGCGAUUUCCCGAUGAAUAUGGCAAUAAAUAUUGUGCGGAAAAGGGUGGUUAUAAUGGCACUUUUUGCCAGCGAGACGCAGCCAGAAAGACAAUGAUAACAAGUGGUCCUGAUACUAUGGUGUGCCCCCAUCAGUAUCUGCGACACUCGAAAACGGUUUCCAGGAGGCAAUCAUCAAAACCUGGAGACCAAUUAGACCAAAUCAAAAGCCUCGGCGCAGCUCUGGUAUUCAUCACAAAACAGACGCGAUUGCAAACCGAACCUAAGAACUGCGCGCUACCAGGCAUUUCCUGCCCUUCGCCAGCUCUUCUUAUAGGGAACUCUCAUACUUCCAUUCAAAUUCCUGUCCCGCCAUCUCUCCUAACGCCUCACUUUCCUCAACAUCUCCUCUGUUACCAGACCUAUCGUCACCGAGAUAGUCGCAACAUCAACCCAGGCUAUUCUGUCCUCCUCUAUAGCUAUCUGGCCCAUCAAGAAACUUGGAAGAGCGGAAAUCCUUCCGACAUGCUGUUUCCGAGAUUCCGAGAUAAGCAAUAAAAUCUGGGGUAAAACCCAGGAUCCGCCUGCUUAUCUGGCCAAUAGCGGGCACAAGCACCAAUCUGUGACAAAUGGAUUUGGACGCCUGCCUGAAAUAGAUCAG